AUGCUACACGAGAUCCUCUUAUCCCUGUCCGGGUACCAAUCAGAAAUCUUCGAGAAGGUGAAGAAUACGGAACAUCAUGUUGAGGGCAUCCACAACUUUACAUCUGAGCCCGAACGAGCGAUGCUGGAGACUCUGGCGCAUAUCGCACAGUUGCAUAUCGACAUUAAGCAAAUUGCAGCCCGGAUUGCCAGCGAUCACUCUUCCGUAGUUUGUCGUGGUGUAGCAUCCGCCAUCUUAGAUGUCCACUUAGCUGCGUUCAGGAAGAAGAUCAUCCAAGUUGAGCAUUCGAUACUCAGACAAGACUCCUCUUACGUGGGCGGCUAUGGGAUUGUACCACUGAGCACUGUGGUUUCAGAUUUCGCGCCAUGGACAAGACCCCUUGAGUGGCUGCUGAAGGUAACACGAGUGGCCGGUCGCCAAUCUGAGCAAGAGUCAGCGAAAGGGUAUUGCACUGGCAAUGAGAUGCUAGACUUCUUACAUUCCGAGACUCACACGGGGUACGCUGAUGUCGAAGAAUUGGCGGUAAGUCUGUUGAUCACAGCUCAAAAAAUGUGGAUGAGAUCUGUUGCGUCUUGGAUCUUGUACGGCAGGCUCCCUACCUUGGGUACGGGCGACUUUUUCAUUCAGCAGAACCCAAACCGCACGAGUGUCGUCGACGACUACAUCCUAGACCGGACGUUGGUGCCCAGGUUCGUCUCGCGUUCGAGCGCCGAGUCGAUGUUGGCAAUUGGAAAUGCGUUGUGUCAGCUUCAAGUGCAGAAUCGUGGCACAAGGGGCAGCCAGACCAUGGCACUCUUGCCCAAGCAUCUCCGAAUAUUGGAAACUCUCGAGUACCCUCUGAAUCAGUCCAUUUUACAGCUCGCGGUGGAAGAGAUUGACUGCUCAAUAUCGCAGAAUGUUUUGUCUGAGAUUGUGCCCCUUCAUCAAAUCCUCGGCGUACUCGACGUUGUGCACCGCUUCAUGCUAUUAAGCAACGGCGAGUUCGCUACAGCGCUGAUUGAGCAUGCGGGAGACAAGAUCAGGUUGCGGCAGACUGCUCCAGCUGUCAAGCCUGCCCGGAAGGUCGGCCGGAUUGACGACCUCACUAUCACGGACGCAGAACUCAACAGUAUUCUGACCAAGUCGUGGGAUGAGUUAGCUGCACUCCAAACCGGCCAAGCUGUUGACGACGAGACUUUCAACUUAGCUCGCGGCAUGUUAGCACUGCACGGUAUUCAGGAAGGAGAGCGACACUUCAUCCCUCUCGCAACAUUGAUGCCAAAUGCUACAGUCCUGGAUCUCAAGCUUGCAGUCGACUCAACACUCAAGCUCUUCCUCUCUCCAGCCGACCUGCGCUCCUAUGCGGCAAUAAAUGCUUACUUGCUGUCCAUCAGACGUACCGAACUGCAUCUGUCACAUCUCUGGAAGCUCACGCCCCAACGCCGCUGCUAUCCUACGCCCUUUGGACCCCCCAUCAGCGCAAGCCCUUAUGGGCAAUCCGCACUUGCGAGUCGUCGGACCCGCGAGCAAGCUCGGUCCACGGCCAUGCGUCGGCACUGGGCGACCGCUUCCAAAGCCCUCUUUGUUGUCAACGAGCUGGAUGCCUACCUCCAUGGUGAAGUGAUCCGCAACAGCUGGGAUCAUUUCCAGGGCUGGCUGCAGGAGGGUUCGCGGCCCAGCUCCUCACGCAGUGGCUCGCGACCAGGCACAGCAUCGUCUGCCAAAACUGCAUCCACAGGCCUCAGCAGAUCGAAGCAAAUGAACGAUCCACGGACGUUGGCAAAGGGACAUCAUACGUUUCUGUCGGCCUUGUACAGCGGACUGCUACUCAACAACGCUGAGUUUGUGAAGGCACUGAGGGAGCUCUUGAAUAGUGUGGAUCACUACAUCGCGUUGUUUUCAAGACUGUCGUCCAUUUGGUCAGGACUAGACUUGCAAGAAGACGAAGGCGUCGUGGAUGCCUUUAGUAACUACAAGGAGGAGGAGCGGACAGUCUUGGCUGAGACAACGAGAAGCAGAAUUAUCAUCGAAGAAGGGGUUGGAGUAUUGGUCGAGAGACUGAAAGAUGCGGAAAGAAAGCGAGAUGCAGAGGGACCUAUUGGUGCGAUGGAUGGGUUGGACCUGCAUGCAGCCAGCGUGUUCAUUCCGUGGAAAGGGAGGAACAUGGAGCGCUUGAUCAUGAAAUUGGACUACUUAGCCGGUGCUCACGCGCAGGAUGUGCAAGAAAAGCUGGUGGACGAUAUUAUUGACGACUGA